ACUCAGACUUCUGCUGGUACUUCUAUUAACGCAAGAAAAUAUACAAUCCAAUCCUUCUCUAUUUUGGGUUUUAAAUUUCAACUGUUAAAGAAGUGGGAGCAAAUUCCACACUAGCAGUUUCCUCUUCUUUUCUAACAACUAAAUCAAGUCAUCAAAAUCAGUAGAUCCUCUAAUGUCAUCGAAGAGAUAAUUGAACAUUUUAUACCCUAGAGAUAAUCAUUUCACUCAGAAAACCAUGAAUUCUUUUUCAAUAAUUUUGCAAAUCAUGUUGCUUGGUACAAUGCUAAUGCCAUCAAUGAUGGAUUUCGCAUUUCAGCCCAGUCCCUAUUGUCCAACCAGAUGUGGAGAUAUCCCUGUCCCCUUUCCGUUUGGAACUAUUUCGGGUUGCCAUCUUGAUGAAUCCUUCUUUAUUAAUUGCAACAAAAGUUACAACCCUCCCAAGCCAUUUCUGAACUUCGGUGAAAUUGAAGUUAUUAACAUAUCAAUCGAUGGGCAGAUAAGAAUUGCUGCUUCUGUGGCCAGCUAUUGUUAUGGAAAGUCCGGCUCCCAAAUAAAUGGCAGCAUCUCGAAGGUCGCCUUGUCCAAAUUCCAUUUUUCAGGAGCGCGAAACAAGUUCACUGUUGUUGGGUGCGACACUUACGCAGUUGUUGAUGGUUCCGAGGAAUGGAAGCAACGGAGUGCUGGGUGCGCAUCAUGGUGUCAUAGAAUCGACAGCGUGAUUGAUGGAACCUGCGCUGGCCUUGGCUGCUGUCAGACUUCAAUCCCUGAGGGAGUUAAGGACUUUUUGAUUGACAUCCGGAGUUUUCAGAAUCACUCAAGGGUGAAAACUUUCAACCCAUGUGGUUAUGCUUUUGUAGUUGAAGCAGAGGCUUUCAACUUCUCAUCUUUGGAUCUCCAAGAUUUGCGGGGCAGGAAGACUGUCCCUGUCGUGCUGGACUGGUCUAUAGGGAACGGGACGUGCCUAGUAGCUCUAGAAGACCUUUCAAGCUAUGCUUGUCGAGCUCCGCAUAGUGAUUGCAUUGAUUUAGCCAACGGACUUGGUUAUCGUUGCAAUUGUUUAAUGGGAUAUCAAGGGAAUCCUUACCUUGUUGAUGGUUGUCAUGAUAUUGAUGAGUGCAUUUCAAGACCUUGUGAAGGAACUUGCACAAAUUUGCUAGGAAGCUAUUUAUGUUCUUGCCCUAAGGGAUUUGAAGGUGAUGGAAAGAAAGAUGGCACAGGUUGUCGUCCCAAAGAUCAAACAAAGUUCUCUAUCUUAAUAUAUAUUGUUGCGGGUUCCAUUUUUCCUUUUGUUGGAAGUUCUUGGAUAUUUUGGAAAAGCAAGAAACAGAAAGUUGUUAAACUAAGACACAAGCUUUUCAAGGAAAAUGGUGGAUUAAUUUUACAAGAAAUGCUUUCGAGAAGGCAAGGACUUAAAAUUUUUACCGCAGAAGAUCUCAAAAGGGCUACAAACAACUACGACGAGACUACAAUCGUUUUCAGAGAUGGAUAUAAUCAACCCGCGGUAUACAAAGGAACAUUACCAGAUGACGGAGUGAACAAACCUUUCUUUAUAGAGAAAUAUGAAACAUCGUAUUCACCCUGCAUUGAGGAUUUCAUUCGCAAAUUGAUCGUACUUUCUCGGAUAAGCAACGUGAAUGUGGCGAAGCUGAUUGGCUGUUGUUUAGAGACACCCGACCCAUUCUUAGUUUAUGAGUUUUUCACCGGAAAGACGUUGUACGAUUUGAUUCACGAUCAAGAAUAUUUUCUUUCAUGGGACCUUCGUCUCAAGAUAGCCUUUGAAACUGCAAGUUCACUGGCAUACUUGCAUUCUGCUGGGGAAUUGCCAAUUGUUCAUGGAGACAUCACCAGCUUCUGCAUAUUCUUAGAUUCUAGUUACAAUGUAAAAAUUUCACAGCCUUCACUCAAUGGAUGUGUGUGUACACUCGGCUACUUGGAUCCGGAGAAUGAUAUUUCAGGGAUUUCGACCAAAAAGGGCGAUGUAUACAGUUUUGGAGUUGUAUUGGCAGAGAUAUUGACAGGAAAAGAGGUAGUGGAUUUGGAUAGGCCAGAAGGAGAGCAAACUCUCGCUGACAAUUUUGUAUCUGCAGCCGGAGGAGAUGGAGAAGGCCUGCAUGAAAUUCUUGUACACCGUUUGCAGAUGGAGAAGCAGCUGAAAGAAGUUGCUAUGCUGACAGAGAGGUGCUUAAGAAGACUAUCAGAGGAGAGGCCUACAAUGAAUGAAGUGGCAAAGGAGCUAAAAACUAUUUUAAGCAAGCUUGAGCUCGAUAAAGAUAGAGCACAACUCAAUCCCGGCGCCACCUUCUAAUAGGAUCAACUGAACAUGAUUCAGCUGUUGCUGGACUCAAACUCAAAUCAGGCCUUAAUGCGCUUGAGCUGAAAAAAUUAUCAUGUAUUUGACAGCAACUUUAUUCUCCCCCAACACCAGCCCCCGGCCCAAGGUCGAAGAGAUUAGCAAAUUUGUAACUAUUUCCACUUGAAGGUUUUAGAUAAAUGGAUUGACUAUUAUGAACUUUAAUACACUACUUAGAGUGAUUGAAUCCCCUGUUUUUAACAA